AUGGGUCUGGCACAGGCGAAGACUCGCCGCAAGAUCGGCAAGGAUCCCAAUAACACGAAAUGGACUCGGGACACCGACUCUUUUGGCCAGAAGAUCCUGCGAUCCCAGGGUUGGGAGCCUGGCCAGUACCUCGGCGCGAAGGACGCUGCCCACGCCGUGCAUCAUACCGCCGCCAAUGCCUCGUUCAUCCGCGUCGCCCUCAAGGACGACAUGCUUGGCCUUGGCUUCAAACAAGCAAGGGACGACAGGGUCACGGGCAUGGACGUCUUCUCUGACCUCCUGGGACGACUGAACGGCAAAUCGAGCGAGUCCAUCGAUAAGGAACGCCAGGCCCGUGCGACUCUGAAGGGCACACUCUACUGCGACACAAGAUUCGGCCCCAUGCGAUUCGUCAGUGGCGGAUGGCUGGUGGGAGAUCAAGUCAAGGACGAUCCCAUCGCCGAGCCAAAGGAGGAAGAUAAGGACGAUAUCAAGAUGGAGGACGUUCCUGCAGCCGCAGCCGUAGAAGUGUCGAGCAAAAAGUCAUCCAAGAAGCGCAAAGCCGAGGAGUCGAGCGAAGACGAGUCUUCAUCCGAGGACGAGAAGGCGAAAAAGAAGCGGAGAAAGGAGGAAAAGAAGGCAGCCAAGAAGUCGAAGGCCGAGACCGACAGCGAGGAAGCUUUGACGAGCGAGAAGAAGGACAAGAAGCGGAAAUCAAAGUCUGCAAAGGAUGAUACUUCCGAUGAUACCCAGGACGAGACGGAAAAGAAGUCCAAGAAAAACAAGAAGAAGGAAGAGAAGCAAAGGAAGGAGGCCGAGACUGACGACGAGGACUCGUCCGACGGCAAGGCAUCCAAGAAGAAGAAGCGCAAGGGCGAAACCGAAGCUGAGAAGACUGCGAGAAAAGAGGAGAAGAAGCGCCGCAAGGAGGAGAAGCGUGCCAAGAAGGAGUUAUCACGGGAUUCAACAUCGACUCCUAGUGCAUCAACGCCAACCGCCAGCGGUACCUCAACGCCAGUGCUUAGAGGCCAUCACGCGGUGAGAUCGCGGUGGAUUGCUCAGAAGAGGAUGGCGACUAUGGACGACAAGGCCUUGAACGCGAUUUUCAUGGUCAAGUCGCAAUCCUAA